AUGUCUUUGAAGCCAACAUUGAACCUCUUGGAGAUGUUCUGUGAAGAAGUAUUGAAGAAUGUUUUUCCGUUGCUUGAAGGCGAAGAUCUUGCGGCUUGUAUGGGUGUAUGUAAACAAUGGAGAGACAUAGCAAGUGAUGAUUUUUAUUGGAAAUGUCAAUGUGCAAAGAAAUGGCCUUCGAUUUGCAAACGAAACAAACCUCAUACCGGAACAUAUUACAAGAUGUUUCAAACGUUUAGUAAACGGCGACUAAACCGUGUCCUCCCUCCUCCGAGACUGUCGUUCGAAAACUUGGAGUUCUUUAUCGACAUUUGGUCAGAAGAUAAACCGGUAUACUCGGGAUUGAUACCUGGUGUUGCGCUUGAAACCGGAAUCAAAACCUUACCGUCAGGAAUCAGCAGUGUUCUUAGAAUUCACCUCGAAAGAUCUGAUUACAAGAUGGUUGUUCCAGCUGAGCCUAGAUUCACUAUUCCGUUGAACCAGACUGUUAGCGUCUCUGUGCUUGUGGGACGGAAUGAUUCCAAUAAGCUUGCUCGGAUAAUUAACCGAUCUGUCUUUGAUUAUAUCGACCAUUCGUCGUACAGAGCGCUUGCUUUUGAGUAUCUCGACUUAUCUCCUUAUUACCCUUUUAUCUCCGGUAUCCGAGCAUGGAUCUCUUUGCUUUUCAUGGACGUUGAGGAUAUAAACAAUGGGCUACUCGAUGUUUUCGGGAUUCAAUUGGAUUUCUGUGAUGUUGCCGACACUAAAGAAGAGGUUUUGUGGCUUCUAGAUAUGCUUGAUUGGAAGUGA